AGGAGCCAUUCACACACAGGGCCCCUGCAGUGAAUGGAGCUUGCGAUGCUGGUCGCGUCCUGACACGCUGGGUGUGUCUUUGGGCGGGGCCGAGCCCUGCACCCACCCAGAUACUUUAUUGAUACUACUUGAGGGGGCGACUACAGUGCGCGUGUUCCUUAGCACACUUUUGAACCUCGUUGGAUGUUGUGUGAGUCCGUGCGUGGCUUUUCGGACUCAGCAAGCUUCUUCGUGCACCUGAGCGCGCUCCGUGGGUAUUGCAAGUUUAGUUGUGACCAGAGAACAUGCCCCGGUCAUUCCUUGUCAAGAAGUAUUUUUCAAGCAGGAAACCAUGCCACUGGGAAAGCCUGCUGGACAGCCAAACUGCUGUUGUCCCAGAAAGCUUCCCACGGGCUGCCCUUCCAAAUCAGAACCACAGCUCUGACCUCACCUGCUACCCCUCAGUUCCAUUCACGCCACUGCCAGCUCCCCUUUCCCCGAUCGCCCCGGCAUCCUUCCCUCCGUCACCGCUCGGGCCCCUUGACCUCAGCAGCUCCCCGUUUAGCAGCAGCGGCGAGGAAGACGAAGACAACGGCCGUUCUUCGGAUCCCCCCAGCCCGGAUGUCCUCCAAGGCGUCUUCCACUGCAUGUACUGCAGUAAUACCUACAGCGACCUCACGGCACUGUCCUGCCACCAGACGUCCCACCUGGGUGUCCCACCGCUGGCCGCCGAGGCGUCUGCGUCCCGGCCGGCCUUCCAUUGCAAACACUGCCCCAAGGAGUACACCAGCCUGGGCGCUCUGAAGAUGCACAUCCGCUCACACACAUUGCCGUGCGUGUGCACUACCUGCGGCAAGGCCUUCUCCCGACCGUGGCUGCUGAGGGGACACAUCCGCACGCACACAGGUGAGCGCCCGUUUGCUUGUCAACACUGUAGCCGGGCCUUUGCCGACCGCUCCAACCUCCGGGCGCACCUGCAGACGCACUCUGAAGUGAAGAAGUACCAGUGUGGCUCCUGCUCUCGCACCUUCAGCCGCAUGUCUCUGCUGCACAAACACAACGCCUCCCGAUGCUGCAACCCGGCCUCAUAGACGGACCCACAUUCCCAGGAUCCUCCCUACUUGAGUGUUUUUUUUUUUAUAUCUCAACUGAUAUUUUAAAGGAGCAGCGGCCUGUCAACAGUGUGAGCAUGUUUGACAUGAGAGCAGCUGGACAUGCAGUUAAAUCCCAGGAAACUCCCAUUGGUGCCGGCCGGUCCGGGACUCUAACCAUGCUGCAGCUGCUUGGGUGUGUUUUUGGUGCGUAUGUGUGGAUGGAUGCCAUUCGUUAUUAUGCAUACAAGAUGUGUGUGUGUGUGUGUGUGUGUGUGUGUGUGUGUGUGUGUGUGUGUGUGUGUGUGUGUGUGUGUGUGUGUGUGUGUGUGUGUGUGUGUGUGUGUGUGUGUGUGUGUGUGUGUGUGUGUGUGUGUGUGCGUGCGUGCGUGCGUGCGUGCGUGCGUGCGUGCGUGCGUGUUGAGACAGCUGACUGUGAAGGUGGGCAACAGGUGACCUCCAUUCACCCGUCCUCUCGGCACCACUAAAGUUUGACCAAAGAGCCCUGAUUGCUUCACCAACAUUUUUCUGGCAUCUUAAUGGUGUGUGUGUGUUUUUAAUAUUUUGCCAUCACAAUUUUAGGAAUUAUUUUGAAAUAUCUUGUACAUAUUCCUCACAUGUAAAUAAAAGCUUUGUUUUAGAACAAAACCACAUGUUGUCAUCAU